AAGCAAAGUUUAGUUCUCCACGGCGAGUUCAGGUAUUCACACUGUCCUUCAUCGGACUUCGAACUGCUAAAUAUUAUUGUUAUUUUCGAUCGAGUAUAAAACAUAAACAAACAAAACGAAUUAUUUGCUGUGAUAUAAUCACAUCAAUUAAGAAAAGAAAGGAAUUCAGAAAAACACUCAGAAUAUGAGUUUUUCAUCGGAAUCGGGAGCGGAAGCGGCUGCGGCUGCAAAAAAAUUAAACUUAGAAAAAGCGACCAAUUUCAUGAAACAGUAUAGGGAUCCUCAAAGCAGAGAACUCAAAAAACUGUCAGCAAACCAAUUUAUGGACGUCUGGAGCCAUUACGACAAAGAUGGUAACGGAUACAUCGAAGGAACUGAACUAGAUGGAUUUCUUCGAGAAUUUGUCUCCAGUGCUAACACUGCGGACGUCAGCCCAGAGGCGGUAUCGGAUGCAAUGCUAAUAGAACUGAAGCAGUGUUUUAUGGAAGCCUACGACGAUAACCAAGAUGGGAAAAUUGACAUUCGUGAACUUGCUCAACUUUUGCCAAUGGAAGAAAACUUUCUUCUACUGUUCCGAUUUGAUAAUCCACUUGACUCCAGCGUCGAAUUCAUGAAGAUUUGGAGAGAAUAUGAUACAGAUGGUAGUGGAUACAUUGAGGCUGACGAGUUAAAGAAUUUCUUAAGAGAUUUACUAAAAGAAGCAAAAAAAAUAAAUGAUGUGUCCGAAGAUAAACUCAUCGAGUACACUGAUACAAUGCUGCAAGUUUUCGAUGCCAAUAAAGAUGGUAAAUUGCAACUAUCUGAAAUGGCUAAAUUGCUACCAGUCAAAGAAAACUUUUUAUGCCGUCAAGUGUUCAAAGGAGCGACAAAACUUACAAAAGACGAUAUUGAACGAGUUUUUUCGUUGUACGAUAGAGAUAAUAAUGGUACAAUCGAAAAUGAAGAACUUCGUGGAUUUUUAAAGGAUCUUCUUGAAUUGGUUAAAAAGGAUUAUGAUGCGGACGACUUGCAAGACUUCGAAGAAACAAUAUUAAGAGGAGUCGAUUACAAUGAAGAUGGCAAAAUAAAUCGAAAAGAGUUAACUAUGAUACUAUUGGCACUCGCUAAACACAACCAGGAAGAAGAUUCUGCAGCUAAAAAAGCAUAAUUUUGUUCGUAAUAUAAACUUAAAGCAUAAAACUACAUGCACAAAAAUAUAUGUCUUUCCAUUUAUGGCCUGAGGCUUGUA